AUGUCGGAUAGCGCAAAGGAGGGACAACAAGCAACCAAACCUUUUGUAAACUGGAUAAAUUUAGUCAAUGUCUUGAUCGAGGAAAUUACGAAGAGCUAUAGCAAGGUCGAGUAUAACCGUAAUACUUGCCUCAUUUUGAUCGAUCGGGUUGACACCAUCUCGCCUUCCAUCAGAGCGUUACACAGACGUCGCGAAGAAAGCGAGUCGAAAUUUCGAAACCAAAAUUUUUACAUUGCAUUCAUCAAGUUUCAUCGAGUUUUGACAGAUAUCAAAGGAUUCAUUGGUGACAUAUCACAACUUAUAGGUUAUAAAAAAUUCAAAGAUAGUAAUGAAGUAAAGGGAAAAUUUCUUAAUAUAAUAACGGAAUUCGAGACAUUAUGCAUAGAAUUGGGAUUUUCUAACAACGUUAUUGUUACUGAGAAAGAUCGCGAGAGGGAGAUUCAAAUCCUCAAGGAGGAUUCCAAUAAUACGAUAAAGAUCUUAAAGAAAAUGGAAGAUGACAUAACCAUCAAAGAAAACGGCGAAGAGAUUUCGCUUAACAUGAUCUAUGAAGAAGUGUCGGAGUUACAGAAGAGAGCGGAAAAAUUAGAAGGCAGUUUAUUACACAUCCCUCAAAUAUCACCAAACAAGUUGGAACCACCUUCACAAGGUAAACCAUCAGACAUUCGAGGAAUGCUUUGCAAACGGAUGCUUACGGAUAGGUCUGUCAUUCCUGUUGCGUGUAAACGAAUGGACAUUCCUUCCAGUCAAUCACAAAGAAUCAAGGCGCAAUUGAGUAUACUAAAUCGGCUGCGAUCGAAUGACAAAAUCAUCAAGUUUUAUGGAACUUCCACACUCAAUGAUCAUGAAAUCAUGGUUUUAGAGUGGGCCGAACAUGGAGAUUUAAAAAAAUUAUACGAAUCCGAAAAAUUAUCGUGGUCAACAAAACUUCAGUAUGCUCAUGAUAUAUGUAAAGGUCUGGUAUUUUUACAAGCAUUGGGUAUAUUCCAUCAUGAUAUUCGCUGUGAAAACAUUAUGAUUGUUGAAGAAGAAAGACGCACGGCAAAGAUUGCAAACUUUAACCUUAGCCGGGAGGUCACGGCUGAAACUUGCCUUAUCCAAGAUUUGGGUAAGAUUGUCAGGUGGUUGGCUCCGGAAAAAAUGGAAAAAGCUCGGCGAGUGCCUUACAACUUUAGAUGUGAAAUAUUCAGUUUCGGGAUGCUGUUGUGGGAGCUCGCAUAUCAAAAGAUACCCUAUGAACAAAUGGAGCUGGCCAAAAUAAUGGAACAUGUUCUCGAAAAGAAAAGAGAAAAACUCGAUUUCGAUAUCGACGAACAUCAAGAUAUCAUAUACUUAUUUUGUAAUGCGAUUGAACUAUCAUGGAGUCACGAGCCAAACAAGCGACCACGUAUAAAUGAUUUAUUUCAAGAAUUUUCGAGUUUGCUAUACAGAGAAGAUGAUGGUAUUGACGAAUCCGAAAUAUAUACGGACACUGAUGCUGACGAUAUCUCGGAGGAAUCUGAUGAGAUAAUUCCUCUCGAAGAAGGAAUUAAGGCACAUCGUUCUAAAAAUUAUGAAAAAGCUUGGAAAUGUUUUGAAAAACAUGCGGCCCUUGGCGAUCCAAAGGCAAAAUAUUGGUUAGGUUAUUGUCUUUACGACGGAAUUUAUAAGCCCAAGGACCAAGAAAAGGCCGUGCAAUUGUAUAAGGAAGCGGCAGAUGCUGGCGUCGCCGAUGCUCAACUGCGUUAUGCAUUUGCCAUGAAAAAAAAGGAAGAGGUAUUUAUGACAUAUUUGGUAAAGGCCGCAAAUAACGGGAAUUCAACGGCCCAAUUCAACCUCGGUGAUAUCUAUUUAAAAGGGUUAUGCGGACUUUCCAAGGACAAGGAAAAAGGCCUUCUCUAUUUUAGACUGGCUGCUCUAAAGAAACACCCAUUAGCCAUCAAACUACUUAAGCAAUAUAACAUUGAUGAUAUGAGCAGUCAAUAG